AUACCUCAACUGAAGCUUCCUGCAUGUUCUAAGUUGCCUUCAAAGAAACACAAGUGGUCUUUUAGAAAGAAACUCAUCCUCAUCAUUGCAAUUUUUGUUGUNGUGGGUUUGGUUACUUCAANACUGUUUAUCAGCAUCNAUUUNUUCAGGAAAAGGCCCAAANCACCAUCGACUUCAUGGUCUCCUANAAAUAAGUACGNNAAGGUUUCUUAUGGAGAUNUACAUAAAGCAACCAAUGGAUUUUCUUCAUCCAAUUUGGUNGGGUCUGGANGCUUUGGUUCUGUNUACAGUGGAUNACUUCUCCCUUUCAAAACACCUGUUGCUGUGAAGGUAUUGAAUCUUGAAACAGUUGGGGCAUCAAAGAGUUUCGAAGCUGAGUGCAAAGCUUUAGGAAGGAUCAUGCAUCGGAAUCUUCUCAACAUCUUGACUUGUUGUUCAAGUAUUGAUUAUAACGGUAAAGAUUUCAAGGCUAUAGUUUUUGAGUUCAUGCCUAAUGGCAGUCUAGAAAGUUUGCUGCACGACAACUCUAGAAAUUUCAGUGUGAACCUUGAUCUUGUGGUAAAUAUUGCUCUUGAUGUUGCUAAUGCAUUGGAUUAUCUUCAUAAUGGUUCUGAGCAAGCUGUAGUUCACUGUGAUAUUAAGCCAAGCAACGUUCUUCUUGAUGAUGACAUAGUUGCUCACUUGGGAGAUUUUGGGUUAGCAAGGCUCCUUCAUGUGACGACGGGACAUUCCAGCAGAGAUGAGGUUAGUUCCUCCACAAUUAGAGGAACCGUUGGAUAUGUUCCACCAGAGUACGGAACAGGUUGUGGAGUAUCAACGAAAGGGGAUAUCUACAGCUAUGGAAUUCUUGUGUUGGAAAUGCUGACAGGAAAGAGACCAAUAGAUGCAGUGUUUGGUGAGGGUCUAAGCCUACACAAAUUCUGCCAAAGGGCAAUUCCAGAAGGAAUAACUGAGAUAGCAGAUUCACGUUUGCUUGUGUCAACUGUUGAAGAAGGAAGAAGGGUGAUGAAAACCAAAAUAAGGGAGUGUUUGGUGGGCUUAGCUGGGAUUGGAGUUGGAUGUUCUGCAGAAUUAGCUGUUGAGCGAAUGGACAUAAAAGAUGUGGUAUUGGAGCUGCACUCUAUCAAACAGAGGCUGUAUCACUAA